AGGAUGGAGAUGCUCCAGGGGCUGCUGCUGUUGCUGCUGCUGAGCAUGGGCGGGGCAUGGGCAUCCAGGGAGCCGCUUCGGCCACGGUGCCGCCCCAUCAAUGCCACCCUGGCUGUGGAGAAGGAGGGCUGCCCCGUGUGCAUCACCGUCAACACAACCAUCUGUGCCGGCUACUGCGCCACCAUGAUGCGGGUGCUGCAGGCGGCCCUGCCGCCCCUGCCUCAGGCGGUGUGCACCUACCGCGAGGUGCGCUUCGAGUCCAUCCGGCUCCCUGGCUGCCCGCCCGGUGUGGACCCAGUGGUCUCCUUCCCUGUGGCUCUCAGCUGUCACUGUGGGCCCUGCCGCCGCAGCAUCUCUGACUGUGGGGGUCCCAAGGACCACCCCUUGACCUGUGACCACCCCCAACUCCCAGGCCUCCUCUUCCUCUGAAGACCCUCCCCGCAGACUUCCGAGUCCAUCCCAACUCCCAGAGCCCUCAGACACCCCGUUCCUCCCAUAAUAAAGGCUUCUCAAUCCGCA